AUGACAGACAAGUUUGAUAGUUCGAGCCCCAGUGUAUCUCAAGAAAUUACACCUACAGGGUUUUCUUCAGAUGGAGAACCAUUAUCAGAAUCUGUAAGAUCAUUGUUGAAUGAUAACAUAUUUAAAGAAAAUGAACAGGCUCUUAGCGAUAAACAAAAAUCAUAUGAUCGUGAUCGUGCUUACCAUAAAUGCCUUUCUUUAUUCAUUAGAGGUAAUAUUAAGGAAUGUUUAGAGAGUAUGGCAGAAAAUAAUUUAUUAUCUGAAGAAUUUUUGAAUGGUAACAUAGAGGUAUAUGAUUUAUAUUUAACUGCUUCUAAUGAAAUAUCAGAUUUUCAGGACCUUGGUGUAACUUUAAAAAACGUUGUGAGGGAUACGUUCUCUGGGGACAUGAAAUCUCUUAAAAUGAUUCAUCAUUAUACAUCAGAUAUUGAGAAGGAAAUGGAAUUUUGGAGUAAAUAUUUUAAUAAUUGUAUCAAAACAAUACGUAUACGACGUAAUGAUAAUGAGUUUGCAAUAUCGUUGCAAGAUGAGUUAAAACAGGUCUUGUUGAAAUGUACUAAUAAGAUAUCAAAAGAAGAAGCAGAUGAAGAAGUUACAAUUCCAACCAUGCUAUACUUACAGAAAUUGGUUUAUUUAUAUAUAUUUGAAUUAGAAAUUGAAAACCUGGGUAGUAAACCAAACGUUAAACUUUACCAUAAAUUGUGUUCUUCCAUACCUCAUCUUUCUGAAAUAUUAACCAAUAAUAUAACCGAUGGUAAUGAUACCUCAUGCGAAGCAUCUAUUCUAGCUCGAUUGGAACCUCCACCUAACAAGAAAAAGACAAUUUCCCCACCAAGAGAAACCUCCAGAAUCAGAAAGCAUCAAAAUCACGAAUCAACUGACGAAGAUCACAAUGCUACCUCCACCAGAGAAUCGUCAAAAACAACUGAAAACGACGACCAACUUAAACAUUCCACUGGUUUCAAGACCAAGAUGCUUACUUAUAUCAAGAGUAACAAAUAUGUACAGCGUAUCGUUCACAACGACCGACUCAACAUUAUUAUUGAUCACAUACUUAACAUCGAGGCACAUCCUCAGACAAUUAUACUGGCCACGGUAGCUGCCGUUAUUGUCCUUCGAUACACUCAUCGCCGUAUCCGUUACAUAUUUCGCAACUUUCCAGCACUUAUAAACAAGAUAUUACCGUACUUCACAGAGUUUAUCAGCUUACUAGCUACCACUUAA